AUGUGUCAUCAUCCUGAAUGUGUAGAAAGUUCAGCAAAUAAUAAAUGUUUAUUACUUUGUCAAGAAUGUGAUACCAACAUUCACCGUCAACCUGGGUUUAGUGGCCACUUGGUAUUGGAUCUGCCACUCUCUCUUCAAAGUGAGUUUUUGAAGACUCCGUCAGAAAGAGAUGAUGCCAGUGAUAUAGAAGUGCCUCCACCUGAUUAUGAGGGUGCUGAGGUCGUGGAAGAAGAGCAAGUGGAAGAAAAACAUGUGGAAGAAGAGCAUCAUUCGCAGGUAUUUGUUUUUUGGGUUUUUUCUUUCUCCUUUUUGCUUUUCUUUUCUCUCUUUCUCUCCCCUCUCUCUCUCUUUCUCUCCCCUCUCUCUCUCUUUCUCUCCCCUCUCUCUCUCUUUCUCUCCCCUCUCUUCCUCUCUCUUUCCCCCUUCCUCUCUCUUUCCCUCUUCCUCUCUCUUUCCCCUCUCUUCCUCUCUCUUUCCCCUCUCUUCCUCUCUCUUUCCCUUCUCUUCCUCUCUCUUUCCCCUCUCUUCCUCUCUCUUUCCCCUCUCUUCCUCUCCCCUCUCUUCCUCUCUCCCUUCCUCUCCCCUCUCUUCCUCUCUCCCUUCCUCUCCCCUCUCUUCCUCUCUCCUCCUCUCUCUUCCUCUCUCUCCCCCUUCUCCUUUUUCUCUCAAAAAAAGAGUUCUGGGAUUGAGAAACGAUUAAGGCGAAAAGAUGCAGUAAAACGGAAAUCAAGUUCUGUUGAAGCAAAAGACCGUACACGGAGCAAGAGUCUGUCAGCAGUGGAAAUUCAGUCCGAUGUCCGUCUGCUUGUGCCUGCACAGUUUCAGUGCACUGAACAGACAGUUCCAGACUUAGGACACAGGCACUUGAGUUUGCCAGGAACACCAGGGAAUGGCUUCUUACAAGUAUUUCUUGAACCUACCGAGGAAAGUGUCAAGAUAACAGCUUUGAAGGGAAAAAGUAUUCAGUAA